UCAUAACGCAAAACCGCCAUAUCAUUAUCGAUAAUCAGUAAAGACUGGUGUUUUGUUAAUUAUAUGACGAAGGCUUCGGCAACAGCAGACGAAAGCUGAGCAGUCUUUUAUACAACAACAACAACAGCAGCAACAACAGUUCUCACGCAUACAACAUGUGUGUAUGUGUGGAUUUGGCAUACCAAGUGUAUAGAGUGAAAUAUAUAAGUAGAAAAUGAACUGUAAAUGGACUUAACUAAAUAAGCCGAUUAAACCAAACGAGGGAUAGCGAAAGUGAGACCAAGUGUCUACUGAGUCCGAACACCACAACGUCCGACAACCGUUAUCGCAAAAGUGUGACCGGAAGUGACGUGAGAGACGGUGAAAGCUUCUUCGCCGGCAGCGAGAGAUCGGACAGACGUCUGCUGAUAGAGGACUCAAGCGAUCAAGUCCGCAUCGACUUAUUAAGCGUGGCCGAGGGCGGUGAGGUGUGGGUGAGGAGGAUGGAGUUAUCUCCCCUGCAUGACAGCAGCGACGAGGAGGGCCCUCCCGAAUCUGAACGGACGCCACUGCGGCGGAAACAGCAUGGCAAAGAUUUCGAGGAGAUGGCGUCGUGUCCUUCCAAUCUGUACUGCGUGGCAGACGAGGAGGACGAACAUAAGCACGAGUUGCUAGGGCUAGAACGCUCCAACACCGCCAAGGGGGUCCUGUACACCACCUAUAAAGCCGAGGCCAAGGCAGCGCUGGUGAAAACUGGAGUGAUGACGCAAGGGGAGAUAAUGGCGGUCCGGUCGGCGUCGCCCACCUCCAUCUACUACAUUCCCGAGUCUACCUUCUCCAAGCGGCCCGUCAUCGAUGUCAAGGUCAAGAACCUCUGUUACACGGUUAACCCGACGUCGUUGUCAUGGUGGCAGAAGCUGUCCACGAUGCAGCUCCCCUGGGAGUGGACGGACAACAUGGAGCCGCAACAGGUUCUCAAUAACGUCACGUUCAGCGUCAAGAGCGGGCAGAUGUUGGCCAUCAUGGGAAAUUCCGGCAGCGGCAAGACGACCCUCCUGGACGUGAUCGCGUGCCGCACGGAGGGCAUCGGUCUCAUUUCCGGUGACGUCUACCUGAACAACGUGAACCGCACGAGCACAAUGGUGCGCGGCUGCUCGGCGUACGUGCGCCAGGAUGACCGUCUGCUGCCGCAUCUUACCGUCCGCGAGACGUUGAUGUUCGUGGCGCAGCUGAAGCUGCCGACGACGUUCACCGGCGAGCAGAUUAGUAAGCGGGUGGACAGCGUUAUACUGGAGCUGGGACUUAGUCACGUGGCUGACAGCAAGGUGGGCGGGGCGGAGGACAGGGGCGUGUCCGGAGGGGAGAGGAGGCGGGUUAGCAUCGGAGCGCAGCUGCUGCUCGACCCAAGCGUGCUGUUCCUGGACGAGCCUACUUCCGGUCUGGACGCGUUCACCGCCCACCAUCUCGUCGAGACGCUGGCUCGCCUGGCGAAGAACAAUCGUGCAGUGCUGCUGUCCAUUCAUCAACCCAGAUCUGACAUCUUCGAGCUGUUUGACCGCGUGUUGAUUCUGUCCAAGGGCGAGAUGGCCUAUUUCGGCCAGGCCAGCAACAUGGUGGACUACUUCGGUCGCCUGGGACACCCCUGUCCAGAGUUCACCAACCCGUGUGACUUCUAUGUUGAUCUGGCGACCAUCGACCCCACUUCCGAGGAGACGGAGCGUACAAGCAGCGCCACGGUGCGGACGCUGGUGGAGGCGUACAAGAGUCAGCAGGGGGAUCUCAGUAUCAGCGCUUCCGGCUCGCAGGAGAAGGAGGAGCGCGACAAGGAGCAGUGGCCCGUGCUCGCCAUGUUCCGGAACUUGGAGCAUCAGCCGGGAACGUUCAGGCAGUUUUGGAUUCUCUACAGACGUUGCACUCGCAGUAUCGUGGAGGACUACGGUUACCUAGUAACGCAGCUGAUCCAAGCGGCCGCCAUGUCGGUGGUGGUGGGGCUGGUGUACUUCAACCUCAAGACGGACCAGUCCUCCAUGCGUGAUCGUUUCGGCAUGAUGUACAUUUUGGGCGCCCUCUACCCUUACAUGGUCGUGUUGGAUCUCAUAGGCGUCUACCACAAGGAAAGAUCGUUUUUGUACUUCGAACUUGAAGAUCGUCUUUACGGGGUUCUACCAUACUACUUUGCUAAGAUAUUCAGCGAGAUCCCAUUCCACACGUUCUACGUGGCGGUGUACGCCAUUCCGGUCUACUUCAUAGCGGGACUCAACCUCGAUCUUAAAGACUUCGUUAUGGUGUUCGCUAUACUCUUCCUGUUAGUGUACUGUAGCCGCACGCUGGCCAUGUUCUCCGCGAGUAUAAUGCCCACAUUCCAGCUCGGCUGCUUCUUUGCGCAAACGUUCUUCUCUAUGUAUAUCAUGUCCGCGGGUUUCUUCAUCAAUCUCGACAAUAUAUUCAACGGUUUAAAGUGGGUCUCCUCCGUCUCCUACCUGAAGUGGGGCUUCCAAGCGCUGUGCAAAGUGCAGAUCCUCAACCUAACGUUCACAUGCGAGGAUGCACUUCCGGGCUCGUGCAUCCGAACGGGCGAGGAGGCGCUGCAGAGCUACUCGCUGGACGGCAACUCCGUGUGGGAGGCGUGCGUCAUCAUGGCCGCCUCGUGCGUCAUCUACCUCGCGCUCUUCUUCGUCGGCAUGCGCUUCGUGCCACAGAAGCCGCAUGAAGUGUAGGGCUGGCAGCAUGAAGUGUAGGGCUGACGGCAUGUAGUGUUGGGCUAAAGAGACGUUGGCGGAAAUGUAGGGCGGAAGAGUCUCCGGCGCGGUUACUUGUUGUCUUGUUGGAAUUUUAACAUCUGAAAGGCUAACACCAAGUAUUUGGUGUGUAUAACGUAUUUUUGCGAUACCUUAGAAAAUGGUGAUUAUCAUAAAAUAACAACUUCACCAAUAUGCCGAAAAAAGCUUGAAUAAUUGCUGAAACUGACUGAAUGUCAACUCAAAGGAAACGAAUUGUAUAUGUUUUAUGAUACAAUAAGGCUUAAAUUAAUAUGUUGACAAUUUAGUCUUUAUUUUCAUAUCAGUAACUUGAGAUGUUCACCCAAACUUUAACGGACCGUUUUAUAGGAAAUUGACAUGUAACAAUAUUUUAUUGCAAAUAUACUUUCCAGAACCACAUUUAGAUAUAAACCAAUAAGCACGCAGCAAGACCUGUGUGAAGUGAUAUUUAACAUUAAAGUGUACGUCCUUUCUUGAACAUCGGUUAUUAUGCAUAGUAUUAAACAGCUCAGUAGGUUUUUAAAGCAGUAUUCUUGUACACAAUCAUUACGUGAUUAAAGUGCGUGUGAAACAUGCGUACAUAGAGUAUGUGUAAAAUUCUUUAACAUAUCAUAUGCGGAUUCUUGGUCCGUGUGUUCUAUGAUGACUUCAUACAACGAACAUGCAGUGUUGUAAUAAAAUAUCUAGUCGUCAAAAGGCAUAAGUGCGUGCGUGUUUGUUUACGUUGCACUGUUUGCGACGAAACGGAAAUUUGUAAUAAGUGUUCUUUGGGUUGGCAUUGAUAGGGUUGCAAUACAUUCUGAAUUCUUGUGAUGAUGUUGUUGGUGGUAGUGUUGGAAGUACAUUCCGAAUGAAAUAAAUGUGAGUGAGCUCGUAUUAGAAUCGGUGAAAUAAAAUUACUGAGUAUGUUUGGUGUGGCGGUUUGCACGUAAGAAUGCAUAUCGCAAUCAUUUUGUCGAACAGAAGAUGUGGCUGGCACACAAAUUAUUCUGUUAUUAUCUUUUUUAAGUGUGCAAUAUGUUGUUGAUUUUUUUUCAACAAAAGCAAGAUCCUAGAAAACACACUUUGUAGUAUUAUUCUUUUUGUUAUUUAUUUUAAUGUUAUUUUCUAUAAUGCUUUCUUUGUUGUUUACCAAUCAUUGCUGGUUUCUUUUUACAUUAAUGUUGCUUAAAAUACAUUUUUAUUUGUUCCUUUCUAUCUACAUAGUUGUUUGGUUAUGUAAUUAAUGCACGUAAUGAAUUAUUCAAAUAAUUUUAUACCAUUAUUUUAAAUUGUUAUAUAAUAUUAAUGCUGAUGAUAUAAAUGUAUCCAUCAAGUUUUCAGCCUUCAAUUGAACCAAUACGUUGAGAUAAAUAUGAACCGGAAACUAUGGUUUUCUCAUACUUAUGUGACAUUAUGCGUUACAUGAUUGAAAAUGUGAAUUAUGCUUUAUUUGUUCAAUCGUUUGCAUACCCUCAUUGUUCUAAAUCUUCAAUUUAUUUUCAUUCUGAUAUUUUUCUUUUUGAUGUGUAUAGAAAUAGACCUUGAUCUUCGCAAUGCACACAUCAAUGCAAAUGUGUACAUAUAAUCUUGUUUUGUGUUAUUUAAUUGUUGUUUUUGUUUUUUGUUUUCAAUUUAUAAAUGGACCAUUAAAAUACAUGACGCAGAUGGAAA